UCCUUCCCAGGCCUCUUCCUACGCCCCGGAUCCGCAUGCGCAUUCCUGCCCCGGGGGCGGUGCUGUUCAAUCCGGGUAUCCGACGGCCUGUGGCUGUUUUGCUUUCUCGGCUGGAACUGGGGAAGUGGGGCAACCACGCGCGGGGCGACACCGGGUUCCGGACCGACUGCACGGGAGGGGCUAGACUGACCUGAAAAAAAAAAAUGUCUGGAUUUCUAGAAGGCUUGAGAUGCUCGGAAUGCAUUGAUUGGGGGGAAAAGCGAAAUACUAUCGCUUCCAUUGCUGCUGGUGUUCUAUUUUUUACCGGCUGGUGGAUUAUCAUAGAUGCCGCUGUCAUUUAUCCCAGCAUGGAAGAGUUCAACCACUCCUACCACGCCUGUGGUGUUAUAGCAACCAUAGCCUUCCUAAUGAUUAAUGCAGUAUCGAAUGGACAAGUCCGAGGUGAUAGCUACAGUGAAGGUUGCCUAGGUCAAACAGGCGCUCGCAUUUGGCUGUUCAUUGGCUUCAUGUUGGCCUUUGGCUCUCUGAUUGCAUCAAUGUGGAUUCUCUUUGGAGGGUACGUUGCUAAAGAAAAAACCACAGUAUACCCUGGAAUUGCUGUAUUUUUCCAAAAUGCCUUCAUCUUUUUUGGAGGACUGGUUUUUAAGUUUGGCCGCACCGAAGACUUAUGGCAAUGAAAACAGCUGAUUGAUUACUGCACAGCAGCCCUGCAUGGGUAUUUUUUACUACUCACUUCCAGUCUUUUGUAAUGCCAUUUUCUAAAGUUAUUUCUGAGUGUAGUCUCAAAUUUGUAUAAUACAAAAUCAUGAGAACUUCCUAUUUAAACAACAAAUUCUAUUGUAUGCAUUUGAUGAACUUGUAAAAAUGCUAAAGAAAAAUACUUCACAUGAGAAAUUUUUAUUACGUUUUAUCAUGGUACAAUUUGUCAAAAUAAAAAUAAAUCACGAAAGAAAUUA